CUCUCUGUCUCUCUGUCUCUCUCUCGCUCUCUCUCUCUCUCUCUACACUAGUCUUUUACUGUAUGGCCGCCAAUUCGAGCAGUCGAGGUAUCGCGAGCUUGGGGAAGCGACUUAUCAACGAGAUCCGAGCGCGCGAUUCAGCUCAGCUCUCUGCUCUCACUCUCAGGAGGGCUGCUCACACCUCGACCUAUGACAAGAACCCAGAGGAGCAAACUGGACCCAGCUUUGUUCCAGAUGAUGUGAUCCCGCCCCAACCGGACAAGUACUGGGCUCCCCACCCAGACACGGGGGUUUUCGGGCCUGAAGCUGAACACACAUCUUCUGUGGGCAGGGAGGACGGCUCCUCCCGGGGCGAUGGUGGGGAGGGAUCCUCGGUUCUGGAGCAAAAGGCGUGGUUUCGCCCUACCAGCAUCGAGGACUUGGAGAAGCCUGACCUUCCCUAACUCUGAGGCAACAUAUGAAUUAUAUAUAUAAUAGAUAAAUAAUAUAUAGGCGUGGUGCAGCGGAGGCUGCCUAUAUAUGUGCUGAGGUGCUAAAAGUAGUAGUAUUCUGUGUGCUAAAACCGGUUGGUAGCAAAGCUGGAGUUGACUGUGUUACAUAUUGUAUGCAACUUAAUGGUUACCUACCCUAUGCCUAUGGGCUGUGUAUUUCUAAUUUUCUACGGUAUCUUUUCCGUGAAUAGAGGGAUAUGCCUUGUUAAUCAA